AUGAAUCCCAGCCCCGCGAUGAUGCCAACUACCCUGCCGACGAUGUCCUCUGAAUCGCCUAAACGUAAGCGAGCAUCGUCCGAAGAUUUUGAUUCCCGCAGUCCUUCCGCUUCACCUACAUCAAGCAGCUCAAUCCCCAACCCCCAGGAAUCCAAGAUCCGGGAAGCAGAGGACUGGGGACGAUACAGCCCGCGAGCGCUAGUCGCUGGUCGCUUGGGACGAUUGGCUAUCCGCGGGGAUCAGCUUUCCACGUCGCCAGUGCCGUACGGAGUAGAUCAGGGCAUAGUCGCACAUACUGCGCAGUCGGGGAACUGGCCUACCUCGGACGGUGAUUCUCAUGAUUCUUACGCCUUAUCCGAAGCGAAUGCCUCGAUGGAGAUUAGUCCCAGCCCAGGGGGAUUGUCAGAAUUUGCGGAAGCUACCCAAUCUCCUGAAAUUGCUAGAACCGGAUCACCAUCUCCCAGAAAGAGACGAUCGACACCCAGCCCUCGCAAGAAGAAGCUCUCUACGGCUUCCUCCACGAUGCGUAGCCGCAGUGCAUCACCCCCUCUUAUAACCGAUACAGCUGAGAACCCACUUACAUGGCAUGACUCGGAAAUCACGGGUCACAACCCGACUGAUCCUACUGACGACGGAUAUGGGCUGAAUGGAAUUGGUUUCAAACCGACUGCGGCAAUGGCUUGGGCCAGGUCAGAGAGGAGAAAGAAACAGGUCGCAGAAUGGAGGAGCCGUGAAGCCAGAGAGGCGCGCGAAAAGCGGCGAGAACGCCGAGACGGUGCCGACUUCGAGAGGAUACGGUCUAUCCAAUCUGGCGCCAUUCAGAAAAGGGUCAAGUUUGACGUCUAG